GUCGCCGCCGACGUAGUUUCGGAAAAACGCCAGAGGGAUCCGUUCGCCUCACGUCCCGUGCCCCGGCUCUGUCUCUCGUUGGCGGCGACGACUGGGGAGCGCGGCGGCGCCCUUCGCCGGUUACACGUCGGGUUCUUCGCCGGCGACGAGCGUCCACCAGGGAUUGGCGAUUGGAGGAGGGCGAUUGCGGGAGAUGGGCUGACCGGAACCACGGGGAGAUUCGGUUUUCCUUCUCCGGAUUGCGGUCUCUGUAGGUGGAUUUGGUUGGUCCGCGUUCAGAGUCGGAGAUGGACGAUGACGGCAGCCUCGGCAUUAGGAACUGGGGCUUCUACGACACAGUGAAAGGCAGCCUCGGCCUGCAGCUCAUGUCGUCCGUGCCGGCCGACAGGGACACAAAGUCGCUGCUCCCAGCCGGUGCCUUCUUGCAUCACCAUGGGCACCACAAUGCCCCGCACCAGCUCCACUCGCACCAUUCCCGCGACUCUGGUGGCGCCGGAACCUCCGGCGGCAUGCCCACUGAGCCGCAGUCUAUUCACAUGGACUUCUCACGCAACGAAGCUUGGUUGCACCCGUCGCACCACCAACACCCCCGCGAGCAGAAGGUCCUUCAUGCUCGGCCUGUCGGGCCAGCUGGACAUGUUGGCCAUCCUGGGCAUGGCGGACAUGCUGUGCAUCACCCACCUACUGGCUAUGGGAUGAUGACAGAUGCACCACACACACUCCAGAUGAUGCAAGUGCAACCACAGCUUCAGUCACAACUGCAGGAGCCUCCUCCAUGUAAGGAGGAUGACGUGCCCCCUCCACUGGUUGAGGAUCAAUCCCUGGUCAAGACUGAGCCGCCUGUGAAGAAGAGGCAGCAGGGUAGGCAGCCUAAGUCACCGAAGCCUAAGAAGCCUAAGAAGGUUGCUGUUCCACGUGAGGAUAGGGCAGUCAAUGGUCAUGCACCCCGAGGGAGGGGACCUAAGAAGACUGUGGGGAUGGUGAUCAAUGGGAUUGAGUUGGACCUUUCAAACAUACCAACACCGGUGUGCUCGUGCACUGGAGCUCCCCAGCAAUGCUACCGGUGGGGUGCAGGUGGCUGGCAGUCUGCGUGCUGCACAACUUCUAUCUCAACAUAUCCACUGCCAAUGAACACAAAGCGGCGGGGCGCACGUAUUGCUGGAAGGAAGAUGAGCCAAGGUGCAUUCAAAAAGGUGCUUGAGAAGUUAGUUGGUGAAGGCUACAACCUUGCUAAUCCAAUUGACUUGAAGACCUUUUGGGCCAAGCACGGCACAAAUAAGUUUGUAACGAUCAGGUAAAGAAAAAAGGCAGGCUAUGUUUGUUGCUUUGUAGGUUGUAGAGCUGCAGUUAGGCCUGAUUUAUUGCUUGUAUCUCUAUGCGCCAAUCUGCAGAAACUUUUAGGAUAGUUUGUAGCCAUGCUCAGUUUCACUGACUUAACUGUCAUGCCUGUCUUGAGCUUCAGAUAUCGACUCAUUGAAGUCGGUUUGUAUCCUUCACUUUGCAAAUUGUAGUGUACACUAACAGUCUCUAAUUUAGAUGGCAUGAAUUUUACUGCAUUAAA